AUGUUCAAACUUGUAGUAUUGAUUAGUUGUUUCUUACUAAGCUUUAUAGGUAAAGUUGCAGCUGCAGGUACCAAUGUUACGGAGAUUGAACACGCAUUGGUGCUAUUUGACCCGGAAUUAGUUCCAUUGAACGAUUCGACUGCACAGUUGACACCAGAAGUAUCGCAAUUCCUCAAUUAUCUUAGCUCUAAAUACAAAGUUGCAAUAAGUGAUUACAAUGAUGAAGAAGUUUCAUUAUUUUAUGAAGAUUACCCAAGGUUUGACCAUUUGGUGCUAUUCCCAACACUGAAGAAGGCAAUCAAGAACAAGGCUAAUUUGAACCAGCAUCAGUUAUUACGUUUCGUUAAUGAAGGAGCUAAUGUUUUUGCCAUUAGUGGUUCGGAAAAGAGCACAUUGACAGAUGGAGUUAGAUCAUUUUUGAACGAAGUGGGAAUAUACCCUGCACCCAAAAAUUUGCAAUACACUGACCAUUUCAAUACAAAAAACCAGGUGGUUGAGUUGAAAGAUUCAGAGAAUUUGGUAGGAAAAAACCGUAUAUUGACAUCUUUGACUACCAAGGAGUAUACGGGUAGUGCUGCAUUAAUUACCAACAGUGAAUUGGUUCAACCAAUUAUCAAGUCUUCAAAGACUGGAUACACAAGUAAAGUUGGUGAGCCUAUAAAUGGCGAGACCACGUGGACUUUUGGUGAACAAGGUUUUCUUGCUGUUGGUUUCCAAGCGUUGAACAAUGCAAGAGUCGUUUGGAUCGGUUCUUCCGAAUUGCUUGCGGAUUCACCAUUAUACAAAUGGUGUUUUCAAGAAACAGGAGUUAUUAAAUUACAGUUUGUUCAACAUGUGAGGGAGAUUGAACCAUACAAGCCUAACCCACAUUUGUACAAGAUCAAGGAGCAAGCAAUAUAUUCAGUUGGUGUCUCCGAGUAUCAAAAUGGAGAAUGGGUACCUUUUGAAGUCAAAAACGAUGACGAGCAAUUGCAGUUAUCGUUCAAAAUGCUUGACCCAUACCAGAGAUUAAACUUGAAGCCACUUGGCCCAGUUAGUUCAAAAGAAGAUGACCCUCAAAAAUUAGACGCAUACCUCUACUCUGUCAACUUCACAGUGCCAGACCAUCAUGGAAUGUUUACCUUUGAGUUAGACUAUAAAAGAAACGGAUUGAGUUAUAUUUUGGAUAAAAAAGUUGUUACAGUGAGACAUUUGGCCAACGAUGAGUUUAGAAGGUCGUGGGAUAUCACAAACUCAUGGUUGUAUGUAGCAAGCACUGUGCUUGUCAUUGCAUCAUGGUAUUAUUUUGUCAUUUCGUACAUCUAUGUUGGUAAAUCCAAUCUUGCCAAAAAGGACGUGUGA